AUGACGAGCCCGGCGAUCGAGCGGCUGGUCGGGCAUCUCGGCAAGCUCCCCGGUCUCGGGCCGCGCUCUGCGCGCCGUGCCGCCCUGCACCUGCUGGAGCGGCGCGAAUCGCACCUGGAGCCGCUGCUCGUCGCGCUCCGCACUGCGGCCGAAAGCGUCCGCGCCUGCUCCGUCUGCGGCAAUCUCGAUGCUCAGGAUCCUUGCGCGAUCUGCGCCGAUCCCGAGCGCGACCGCGCGGCCAUUUGCGUCGUCGAGCAGGUCGCGGAUCUCUGGGCGCUGGAGCGCACGCUGAUGUUCCGCGGUCGCUAUCACGUGCUGGGUGGCCUGCUCUCUGCGCUGGACGGGAUCGGGCCGGAGGACCUCGCCAUCGCGGCUCUCGUCGCGCGUGCCGGCGCGCCGGAAGUCAGCGAGAUCAUCCUCGCCACCAGCGCGACCGUGGACGGGCAGACCACGGCGCACUAUGUGGCCGACCGGCUCGCUGAGAGCGACGUCGCGAUCUCCCGCCUCGCCCACGGUCUGCCGGUCGGUGGCGAGCUCGACUAUCUCGACGACGGCACGCUGGGCACUGCGCUCAAGGCGCGCCAGCGGCUUCUCUGA